UGGGAAAAUGAAAAAUCAGUAAUAGUAGAAUAUUAUUAUUUUAUUUAGAUCGAUUGGCGGGCGAAGUUGUGAUUGCUUCUCAGAAAAGACGGAGGGAGAGCGGCAGCGGCACAAAACCUUUGACUUGCUCGCCAGCAACCUUCUUUUUUUGUUUCUUAAAAAAAUAUCAGUGUUUGACCAGUCUGAACUCCUUAAUUCAUUUAAAUAAUGGAGUUGACAAAGACAAUAACCACCUUACCAAAUAAACACAGCCAUCAUCACCACCACCGGCGCAAAAGAAGAAGAAGAAGAUCGAUCAAGAGUUUGUAAUGAACCAGUGAUUUAGAAGGAAAAACGAGAGGGAAAUGGCUUCAAGUGCAAAGAAAGCUGCGGAGGCUGCAAUAGGAGCUAUUGGAAUGGGAUAUGAUUUAACUGAGGAUCUUCGGCUUAAAUACUGCAAGAAAAAUUCCUCCAGAUUGAUCUUAAUGGACGAUGAUAAAGUGAGAGACAUGGCGAUUCCAGGAGGUUUUUCUAUUCCUAAAGUCCCUAAAUCCAUCAAAUGUGAUAAAGGUGAGCGCAUGAGGUUCAGCUCCGAUGUUCUUUCUUUCCAACAGAUGGCAGAGCAGUUUAACCAAGAACUAUCUCUUUCUGGAAAAAUUCCUUCUGGUCAUUUCAAUGCUGCAUUCAAAUUAACUGGAGUUUGGCAGACAGAUGCUGCCAAUUCUAAAGCUCUUGCUUUUGAUGGUGUUUUUAUCACGCUUUACAACAUUGCAUUAGAAAAAUCUCAGGCAGUGCUCUCUGAUCAUGUGAAAGAAGCUGUACCUUCAGCAUGGGAGCCUGCUGCAUUGGCAAGUUUUAUAGAAAAGUAUGGCACUCAUGUGGUUGUUGGUGUCAAAAUGGGGGGAAGAGAUAUAGUAUAUGUGAAGCAGCAGCAUUCAUCGCCUUUUGAACCUGUUGACUUACAGAAAAAAUUGAAAGACAUGGCAGACAAGAUUUUCGCAGAUGGAAAUGGAUCAAAUAUCAGAAAUUCUGAUAAAUUUUACGAGAGUGAAAAGUUUGUCAAGGAGCAUGGAGCCACAUACAUGGAACAAUUUCUGUCCAAUUCUGAUCUCCAUGCUGAGGGAAUUGAAUUCAUACCUAGGAGGAAAGGUGGGUUGAAUAAGAGCCUGCACCACAGUGAUUGGUGUCAAACUGUUCAGUUUGAACCUGAUGUAGUCUCUAUGUCAUUCAUCCCAAUCACAUCUCUAUUGAGUGGAAUUAAUGGGAGUGGAUAUUUGACCCAUGCUAUCAACCUCUAUAUCCGUUAUAAGCCACCAAUUGAAGAAUUACAUCAGUUUCUGGAAUUUCAGCUUCCAAGGCAAUGGGCACCGGUAUUUGGUGAGCUUGCCCUUGGUCCAGAUAGGAAGCAACAAGCUAAUGCAUCUUUGCAGUUCAGCUUCAUGGGACCUAAACUUUAUGUUAAUACAACACUGGUCGAUGUGGGGAAAAAGCCAGUUACAGGCCUUCGACUGUAUUUGGAAGGGAAAAGAAGCAACUGCUUAGCAAUUCACUUGCAGCAUCUUUCGUCACUGCCAGAGACCUUCCAACUUGAGGAUGAACAAAUUGGUAACAGCUCAGAUCCUUCCUCUGAACGAAGUUACUAUGAAAAGGUUCAGUGGAAAAGUUUCUCACAUGUUUGCACAGCCCCUGUUGAGAGCGAAGAGGAUCUUGCAAUUGUCACAGGGGCUCGAUUUGAAGUAGGCGACUAUGGGUUAAAAAAACUAUUGUUUUUAAGGCUCCAUUUCUCCAAAAUUAUUGGUGCAGCAGCUCUUACAAAAACUGACUGGGAUGGUUCUCCCGUCACAGGCCAGAAAUCUGGAAUAGUUUCCUCGUUUAUCAGCACUCGUCUCUCAAUCGGUCAAAAACCACCUCCAAAGCAACCUGAGUUGAACAUAAAUUCAGCUGUGUACCCUGGGGGCCCUCCUGUACCUGCCCAGGUUCCUAAACUGUUGAAAUUUGUUGACACGACUGAAAUGACGAGAGGACCCCAGGACUCGCCUGGAUACUGGGUUGUGUCUGGGGCAAAGCUUAAUGUUGAUAAGGGGAAAAUCUCUCUCCGAGUUAAGUAUUCUCUCAUAACUUCGCUUUUACCUGAAGAAGAGGCGUAAGCAAUGCAUUUGAAAUUGGGAAAAGAAACAGAAGGCCGCUCCACGAGCUGAGGUUCCUUUGUUUGUCUGUAUGAAAGGAUGCAAACAGGAUGUUUGUAUAUAAAUCAUUUUCUGGUGUGUAAUUUUAUAGCUUAACUUGUGUAGAGUUUAUUUAAUUUUAUUAUUAUUCUUUUGGUUAGAAAGCAAAUUUAUAGAUUUAAACAGAA